AUAUGAAUGAGAGGGUAUUACUAUUAAGUGCAAGAUCUCUCACGUGCAACCCAUUCGCACACGCACCAGAGCGGAUGUACCUACAAACCACCACCACCAUCACCAACACGCACAGAGAGAGAGACAACCUUUCGCUUGCGUCUUACCCUCACUCACACAAAUUAGAUUCCAUCCCUACAUCUUCUACACUAAACCCUCGAUCCAUCAACUCCCCCCUAUUUCUUCACUGAUUCAACUCUAUCACCCACUUCAUUUCUUCGUCAAUCUUCCCAGGGUUUGCUUAGAGAUUCUUCAUGAUUACCCUCCCUCCUGGGUUUCACCGACGAGAUCAGAUUUGAUUGAUUGAUUGAUCGAAUAUGGAGCAUCUUCCGGUGGAAGUCAUCGGCAACAUCCUCUCUCGUCUAGGCGCCGCUCGUGACGUCGUAAUCGCCUCCGCCACUUGCCGGAAGUGGCGAGAAGCCUGGCGCAUCCACCUUCACACACUCUCCUUCAACUCAAACGACUGGCCUGUUUAUCACGAACUCACAACAAGCAGACUCGAAAUCCUCAUCACUCAAACAAUCUUCCAAACCACCGGCCUCCAAUCUCUCUCAAUCAUCAUGGACGACGUCGACGAGUUCUCCGCCGCGCCUGUCAUCGCCUGGCUCAUGUACACUCGAGAAUCCUUGCGUCAGCUACAUUAUAACGUAAGAACAUCACCCACCAUCAACAUCAUAGAAAAAUGCGGUCGUCAAAAACUCGAAAUCUUAAAUCUAUCUCACAACACCAUAACCGGAGUCGAACCAAGUUAUCAACGAUUCCCUUGCUUAAAAUCUCUCUCCUUAAGUCACAUCUCCAUUUCUGCUCUCGAUCUAAGUUACCUCCUUACCGCCUGCCCUAAAAUCGAGAUUCUGACACUUCUAAGCCUCGACAUCGCAAUGUCAGAUGCCCAAACAUCAAUGGAAUUGAACUCUCCAUCUCUAAAAGAUCUAUCCGCAGAAGCCAUAAGUCUGGAAAAGUUCAUUCUGGAAGCAGAUAAUCUGGAGAAGUUACAACUGAAAGAUUGCACGCUGGAAGUUUUUGAACUCAUUGGCAAAGGUACGUUAAAACUUCUUAAAAUCGAUGAUGUGAGUGUGAUUCAUCUGGAUAUCGGUGAGAACACGGAGAAUCUUGAAGUGGUGGACGUUAGUAAUUUCACAAUCAUGUGGACGAAGUUUCAUCAUAUGAUCUCGAAAGCAUCAAAGUUAAGAGGGCUUCGGCUAUGGGGAGUUGUGUUUGACGAUGAAGAUGAAGUGGUGGACAUGGAGACGAUUUCCGUUUGUUUUCCUCAGUUGACGCAUUUAUCGUUGUGUUAUGAUUUGAAAGAGGGGUCGCUUCAGUACAGUUUGCAGAGAUGCUUUGAGUUGAAGAAUGUGAUAAUGUUGGAAUUGGGGUGGACGGUGAUUACUGAUUUGUUUUCGCAGUGGGUUGGUGGGCUUUUGGAGAGGUGCCCGAAUCUCAAGAAGUUGAUUAUUAAUGGAGUUGUGUCAGAGGCUAAAAGCCAUGAAGAAUGCCAGGUUUUGGCUAAUUUUACCACAUCCAUCGUUGGUUUAAUGCGGAGGUAUUUGCAUGUUGAUGUUCAGUUUGAAUAUGAAUAACGGUUGGAUUUGUUUUCGUGUAAAUUCAAGUCUCUCAUCGUAUUUCGUCUCCAGAAGCAGGUAAAUGAUAUUUUGAUGGGUUUCAACCUCCAAGUUUAUUGAUUUACACAUAAUGUAGAUUUUGUGGUAUUAGUUAUAAUUCAAACAACAUCUCAUUAUA